GUUUCUAACCAUGAAGCAACCACAUCUCGUCUGCGCCUUGUAAGAGAGAGAAAUACUUUAUUUUCACUUUACAAACCAUGCUUUCCAACCAUGAAAAUGUGAGGAUCGUUAGUGUGUUAGCUCUUCUUUGUGUUACACAAAAAAAGGGCAAAAGUCAAACUCAUCCAUCUUUGGACCAUAAAAUGGCAUCAGAAGAAGCCAAAACAAAAUCAAAAGGAGGAUGCGGAUUUCCCACAAUUACCACAGUGUUUCUUUCACUGUGCAUGAUUUGCUUUCUUCCUCCAGCAAGUGGAUUUUUCCUAAGGAGUUGCAGAAUCAGCAAAACCAAUGCCAUUUGUAAGGAGAAUAAUCUGAAAACUAUUCCCCAAGAUAUUCCCCCAACUGCAACCAACUUGGAUUUAUCUAAAAACCUGAUUGAGAACAUACAAGCAUCAAAUGUCAUGAAUCUACCAGUUCUUUCUUCUUUGGAUCUUUUUCAUAACCACAUUGCGCAAAUAGACAGUGAUGCAUUUGCUGGUUUGAUUUCUCUCCGGUGUUUAGAUCUCAAUCACAACAAACUUACUCAUUUGGGAGACAGAGUCUUCAAUGGGUUGAGAAACCUCACUGAGCUGAGACUUAAUACCAACGGAAUAAAAGUUGUGUCACCUACUGCUUUUCAGUCGUUGACCAGAUUAAAGUAUUUAGAUAUUUCUCACAACAAACUGGAAACGAUUGCAAGUCUUCGGCUCGUGUUGCAGCACAUGCCACAGCUACACAAGCUUGUGGUAAAAGGUAACAGUUUAAAAAGCUUUCACUCUUGGGAACUUACGAACUGCUCUCUGAGUCUUGCUACUCUUGAUCUCUCAGGGAAUCCCUUAAAUGAUUUUAGGAUAACUGCAGAUAUCUUCCCAAAUCUGACUUGCUUUACCAUUGGUGACCCUUUGAGCAAAGCACCAAUGAUAUGGGACGUACGUGAUAAGACCUUCCUGAAGCAAGUGUCCAGCCUGGAUAUCAGUGGCCUUAAUAUGGCUCUCGCGGAUACUGACGCAUUACUCCAAGCAGUGAAUUCGUCACUAAAAUCUUUAAGUAUGAACAGUAUGAAGCUGAAUCUUCGAGAGCUCGUCAACAUUUCUUGCAGCAUUCCAACAAUGUCCACACUGGAGCUUCAAAGCAACAACCUGAAGUUCAUCAGCUCUGAUUUUUUUAAACUCUGCAUUAAUGUAACCGAAUUACAUUUAGAAAGAAAUGUUGUCAAUAAAAUACAGGAAGACGCGUUUUCAUCUCUGGGACGUUUAAGGACACUGUCUCUGAGUCACAACAGACUGUCAUCAGUUCCCAACGCCACAAAAAAUCUGCAAAGUCUUUCCAAACUUGAUCUCAGCUACAACCGUAUCAAAACAGUUGGCUGUCAAGACUUUCAUUAUCUGACGAAGCUUGUUGAGCUAAACCUGCAGAAUAACUCCAUCUCAGCUCUGAAAGACUGUCUUUUCAACAACUUGGUGAGACUUCAAGUUCUAGCUUUACAGUUUAAUCAAAUAAAACACUUAAAAGGAGCUUUUAAAACACAUUUGCCAAAACUUCAAAUCAUGCAUUUGAAUGGAAAUAAACUGACUGAUCUUUUGCCAGGUGAAUUUGGUGGUCUGGAGUCCCUCUUGAAUCUGUCGUUGCAUGGAAAUGAAAUAGCGAACCUUUUUAAUGAGAGUUUUGUUGGAUUGACAAACCUUCUGAAAUUAGAUCUUACAUCAAAUCAGAUCACAAGACAGGGCUUAGACACAGGGGCUUUCAAUGCUCUGACUAACCUGCUGAGACUGGAUUUAAGCAUAAAUCAUAUAAAAUAUGAUGACAGUAUGGCUUUGCGUGAAACCCCGUUUGGUGCACUUUCCAGUUUGGAGGAGUUGUUGAUUCCUUCACAGCACUACAGGUUGAAAUCUCAUCUGCCCGUUAACUUCUUGCAAGGUUUGACAAAUCUUUUGCGUUUCAGUGCUAGAAAUAUUCAGGUAAUCUAUCUGGAUAAAGAUACGUUUAAAUACUGUCCCAGGCUGGAAAAACUUGAUAUUAGUUCAAACGAUUUGGGCACUUUGUCAGCAGAACUGUUUUCCCCGCUUCAAACACUCAAAAGUCUCUACAUAUCCAGGACACAAAUUCGCUCAUUAGAUUUCCUCAUAGAUGCCAACCUGACCAAACUGGAGUUCCUGCAGGCAAGACUUAAUCAGUACUCAGUCAUUACUGAACAUGUAAUGAACUCUCUCCCAUUUCUCCAGUAUGUGGACUUUGAGAAUAAUAGUUUCUCUUGUGACUGUCACAAUGCCUGGUUCCUCACCUGGACAAUUACCAGCAAACAAACACAGGUUGCUAAUGCAUAUAACUUUCUCUGCAACUAUCCAGAUGACUUUAAAGAUAAAAAGCUUUUGGACUUUGCCAUAACAUCCUGCUCACAGGAUAAUGGCUUCAUCUGCUUUGUUUCCACAACAAGCAUGAUCCUUUUUGUCAUGGUUGCAUCUUUUUCUUACCAUUUCAUGAGGUGGCAGCUGUACUCUGCCUAUUACCUUUUCUUGUCUUGGCUCUCUGACACAAAGCAAAAAAAUAAGCAAGCUCCCUGUCAAUAUGAUGCCUUUAUUUCGUACAACUACCACGACGAGCCCUGGGUGAUUGGAGAACUGUUACCUAAACUGGAAGGAGAGCAGGGCUGGAGGUUGUGUCUGCACCAUCGAGACUUUGAACCAGGAAAGCCCAUCAUAGACAACAUCACAGAUGCCAUCUACAGCAGCAGGAAAACCAUCUGUGUCAUCAGCCGCAGAUACCUGGAGAGCGAGUGGUGCUCCAGGGAGGUUCAGACAGCCAGCUUCCGUCUCUUUGACGAGCAGGAAGAUGUACUAAUACUGGUCUUCCUGGAGGACAUUCCCACCUACUUGCUGUCUCCGUAUCACCGCAUGAGGAAGCUCCUGAAGAAGCAAACCUAUCUGAGCUGGCCACGGGCCGCAGACCAGCCAGAGGUGUUCUGGGAGAAGCUGAGGAAGGCUUUGCAGACUGGAAAUGAUCCCUGUGAGGACAAUUUACUCCUCAAUGUAACACAGACACAAUGAUGGGGAGGAAAUGGAAAAUAUAUGUUCAUUGUGAUUAACUGCUUCAUUCUGGAUGAAUAAGAAAGUUGAUCUGAAUGAAACAAAUAAAACAUUUAAUUAACCUUU